CAAGGGGGAGGAAGUGGGACCAGAGAUCCGGUGGACCAAUCGCGGUCCCGAGCAUCGGAAGUGGCUAAUCAGAACCCGCCGGGGGGGUGGAGACUCCGGCGCUGGAGUGAGGUGAAGCGGAGCUGCCCUUCAUGUGGCCCAGAGCUUGGGGGUGAAGAGAAGAAAGGAAGAGGGAACCCUAUUUCUGUUCAGUUGUUCCCCCCAGAGCUGGUGGAACAUAUCAUCUCAUUUCUCCCAGUCAGAGAUGUAGUUGCCCUCGGCCAGACCUGCCACUACUUCCAUGAAGUGUGCGAUGCUGAGGGCGUGUGGAGACGCAUCUGUCGCAAGCUCAGUCCUCGCCUACGAGAGCAGGGUUCUGGAGUCCGUCCCUGGAAGAGAGCUGCCAUUCUUAACUACACGAAAGGCCUGUAUUUCCAGGCAUUUGGGGGCCGCCGCCGCUGUCUCAGCAAGAGUGUAGCCCCUCUGCUAGCCCAUGGCUACCGCCGUUUCUUGCCCACCAAGGAUCACAUCUUCAUUCUUGACUAUGCGGGGACCCUCUUCUUCCUCAAAAAUGCCCUGGUCUCCUCCACUCUUGGCCAGAUCCAGUGGAAGCGAGCCUGCCGCUAUGUUGUUUUGUGUCGAGGAGCCAAGGACUUUGCCUCCGACCCAAGAUGUGACACAGUUUACCGUAAAUACCUCUAUGUGUUGGCCACUCGGGAGCAGCUGGAAGUGGUAGGCACAACCAGCAGCCGGGCCUGCGACUGUGUUGAGGUCUAUCUGCAGUCUAGUGGGCAGCGGGUCUUCAAAAUGACUUUCCACCACUCCAUGAGCUUCAAACAGAUUGUGCUGGUUGGUCAGGAGACUCAGCGGGCUCUACUGCUCCUCACAGAGGAAGGAAAGAUCUACUCUUUGGUAGUGAAUGAAACCCAGCUAGACCAGCCACGCUCCUACACAGUUCAGCUGGCCCUGAGGAAGGUGUCCCGUUGCCUGCCUCACCUGCGUGUGGCCUGCAUGGCUUCCAACCAGAGCAGUACUCUGUACAUUACGGAUGAGGGGGGAGUGUAUUUUGAGGUGCAUACCCCAGGGGUGUAUCGUGAUCUCUUUGGGACCCUUCAAGCCUUUGACCCCCUGGACCAGCAGAUGCCACUUGCUCUCUCACUACCUGCCAAGAUCCUAUUCUGUGCUCUUGGCUACAAUCACCUUGGCUUGGUGGAUGAAUUUGGCCGAAUCUUUAUGCAGGGAAAUAACAGAUAUGGGCAGCUGGGAACAGGGGACAAAAUGGACCGAGGGGAACCCACACAGGUGUAUUAUCUGCAACACCCCAUUGCCCUGUGGUGUGGCCUCAACCACUCCCUGGUGCUGAGCCAGGGCUUGGACUUCAGCAAGGAGCUGCUGGGCUGUGGCUGUGGGGCUGGAGGCCGCCUCCCUGGCUGGCCUAAGGGGAGCGCCUCCUUCGUCAAACUCCAUGUCAAGGUCCCUUUGUGUGCCUGCUCCCUCUGCUCUACCAGAGAGUGUCUCUACAUGCUGUCCAGCCAUGACAUUGAGCAGCAUCCCGCCUACCGAGAUCUACCAGCCAGCAAGGUGGUGGGGACCCCUGAACCCAAUGCAGGGUCCGGAGUACUCCAGGACCCUGGGGGGACAGCUUGGGCCUGUAAGGAGUACCUCAGCCAGAUCUACAGUUGCUCCACGUUGCAGGACCGCAUGGAAAAGAUGAAGGAGAUCGUGGGCUGGAUGCCUUUGCUGGCUGCACAGAAGGAUUUCUUUUGGGAGGCUCUGGACAUGCUACAGAAGGCUGCUGGAGGGGUUGGACAAGGCCCCCCAACACCUGAGAGCUGACCCCCCUCUCCUAGUCUUACCCCUGGAGGGAGAGUCUGGCUCUGGGCCAAAGGCUAAGGAGAGAUGGAGUGGUAGCAAUGAACACUGUGCCAUGGGAAGGGGGAUACAGUGGGGUGGGGACUGCUGGACAUGCCAGGGUGGGGAGGGAACUGUUUUGUAAAAUGUUUGGGGGCUGCCCAGGAGGGGCCUCCAAUCUUACUAUCAUGGACAAGAGAUUUGAUGGACAAAUAGAAUAAAAGGCUGACGUGAGGCCUAGUUUGGGACCCUGGAGCCUGGGAGGACAAUGGGGCACGGAAUGGGGGACCCGAUGCCUAGCUCAGUGGGUAAGGGAGGGCAGGAGCAUAGACAGGGUCAGGCAGAGCAGCAGCUGCUCAAGCACCUUCAGCUUGCUUUCCCCUUCCACGCCCAAGACCUGACCCAGUCUUCUUGACAGGAAAUCCUAGCCCUGCCUUCUGGAACAACAUAUGCCAGCGGUCGCCAACCUUUCGGACCUCAAGACCACCAGUGGUCAUAUACUAUUUGGUGCCCCCCACUGGAUCCUCAUAUUCCCAUUCUGAAGAAGUCAUUUCUGACUUGUGACAGUUUUCUAUCCCUUUUCCUUCAUCCCUGUGAAGUCAACCUCCCUCCUCUCUGCUUUCUGUUUACCUCCAGAUCUGAUCUUAUAUGUCCUUUUCCCCUACUUUUUACUCUGUCCUCCUCUUCCUGCAGAAGGGAGACACUCCCUUUAUCCACAUGCCAUACCUCCCUGCCCCAUUCCUGUACCUCCAGAUAAUUUGGGAGAAAAUGGGUAAGCAGAAUUCUUUUCUUCUUGGCCUAGUCUAGCUUGGGGAUAGAAGAUAGUGGAAAUUUGAAGCAGAAAGUAAGUUGGAGCAGGUCAGGAAGGGGGUGAAUGCUUAAAGGUUGGGAGUCCAGGAAAGGGCUUUCUCUGGGUGCUAAGGAAGCAGCAAUGGAGAGGAUCAUGAGUGGGCUGGAGCGUCCUGGGGAAGGAUCAGGGCUCUGUUCACAAGAUGCUUGGGCACUGGACAGAAUGGGCUUCCAGAUGACAUUACUUGAUGCCUAGGUUAUGGCUGAGGUCCUGAUGCUCCCUCAGCCCUUCAUUGCUCCUCCCAUUACUUAGGU